UCUCUCUCUCUCUCUCUCUCUCUCUCGCGAUAAAACCACCGUGACUUUGAAUCUCUCUCUGCAACAAAAAAACCCUCAAACCCUCCGCCCUCUCUUUCCCUCUCUCUAAAUCGAAAUCGAAAGCUUCUCUCCUAGGGUUAGGGUUUGGUGAUCGAAUCGAUGGGGCAGCAAUCGUUGAUCUACAGCUUCGUGGCGCGUGGCACUGUGAUUCUCGCAGAGUACACGGAAUUCACUGGAAAUUUCACCAGCAUAGCUUCGCAGUGCCUCCAGAAACUACCUGCUACUAACAACAAGUUCACGUACAACUGCGACGGCCACACCUUCAACUACCUCGUCGAUAAUGGCUUCACAUACUGUGUAGUUGCAGUUGAGGCUAUUGGUAGACAAAUUCCUAUUGCUUUCCUUGAGCGAAUCAAGGAGGAUUUUACCGGUAGAUAUGGUGGAGGAAAAGCUGCAACAGCAGUAGCAAAUAGUCUGAACAAGGAAUUCGGGUCCAAACUGAAGGAGCAUAUGCAAUAUUGUGUUGAUCACCCUGAGGAGAUCAGCAAGCUUGCUAAAGUGAAAGCUCAGGUCUCAGAAGUCAAAGGAGUUAUGAUGGAAAAUAUUGAAAAGGUUCUUGAUCGUGGGGAGAAAAUAGAGCUUCUGGUGGAUAAAACAGAAAACCUUCGCUCACAGGCACAAGAUUUCAGGCAGCAAGGAACCCAGAUGAGAAGGAAGAUGUGGCUGCAGAACAUGAAGAUCAAGCUGAUCGUUUUGGGAAUCUUAAUUGCUUUGAUUCUCAUCAUUGUUCUAUCUGUUUGCAAUGGGUUCAAAUGCUGAUGCGAGAAUCUUAAUCAGGAGCCGGAUGGAGCUCAUCGUGCUGAUUUCUACAAGCCGGUCCACGUACAAUUAUUUUUUGUUACACAUCCUAUUUUCUACUAUAAUUUGUAUUGUAAGACAGUUUGUAUAGCUUGUAUUCGUGAAUUCUUUCUAUAUUAGUCUCUUGGAUGUGCGAAUCGGUUUUUGGUUCCUUUUGUUCCAUGGAACUUCUGUUGUAUCACUGUUGUGAGUGAUUUGGCAAACCACUGUGAGUGAUUUUAGAUUUGUUUUCAACAAAUGGAAAGGGCAUCUUCAUACUA